AUGAGGAACUUUUACCGCGUGGGCCGUGUCACCGGCCCAACCGAGGGUGGAGAAGCAGACGUCACAUCCUCAUCAACUACCACCCAUGCAAAGCUGCUCAACCAAACACGCGCCGGACCCAACCGUACCAACCUUUCAGUCUAUUCUAGACUAGAUAGUAUGUUUGCCCCUCACCUCUACAGCCAUCACGAGAGAUUUGCCUUCGCCUCCCGCCACAAACCGAUAACUCAGCAGCUCUAUAAGUCAGCUCCAUCUUCUCGCCAGGCGGCUAAGUUUUUGACUGCGACCACACUUGGUGCAACGCUGCUUUUCUUGUCAGGGUUAACCAUGACCGGGAGAGUGAUUGCCCUGAUCAUGGCCACACCACUUAUGGUCCUGUUCAGUCCAAUUUUAGUCCCCACUGGGAUAGUCAUCUUCCUGGUGAUUACCGGGUUGUUGUUUUCGGGUGGGUGUGGCGUGGCGGCGAUCACGGCUUUAUCGUGGAUAUAUUACUACGUGCAAGUGAAGCAUCCACCAGGAGCGGAUCAGCUGGAUUAUUCAAGGAAAAAGCUUGCAAGUACGGCUAGGGACAUGACGGAGAAGGCUAAGGAGUAUGGAUAA